AUGGCAAGCACAACUCCUACCACUGCUAGACAUUGCUCUCAGGCUUUGAGUCGUGGUGUUGGCAAUGAUUUAGAUCAAAGCACCCAAAAGGUAACGUAUUCUGAGCUGGCCCUCAGCCACGUACUGCACACUCUGCCCGCUGAGAAGGUCUUCAGUUUCCUUCCCUCCAUCGUCUCAUCUCUGAACGCCAUGCAGACUCUCCCACGCGUUCUUCACUGGCUAUGCCAGGGGCAAGGCUCACUAAAUCGAUACUUGGAUCGUCACCCGACUGACCGUUUGCAUGUUGCGGCUGCACUCGGGAUCGCCUUACAUUCCGAGCCCAGUCCUGCCACCAGUCCUGCCACCAGUCCUGGUCGACCUGUGCAAGCGCUAUCGUUGCAUAUCCCAGAGCAGAAGCUGCAGUCUGCGAAAAUAGAUGACAUAUGGAGAGUGUGUCACACCACCCAGCAGGUUUGA